UGGUUUAUCGUUCGGCAGUUAAUUUGGUUGGAUAUUUAGAUUUUGAAAUAUUACUCAUUUUAUAAAUAUAGCAUUGAUAUAUAUUUCGAUUUUCGGUAUGAUAUAAAUACUGGGACUUCUCGAUUAUUUUAUUAAGUUUGUUUGUAUCAUAAUCUUACAAUGGAUAAUCUGAUUAAUCGGUGUCUUAUUACAAUUAUUUUGUUCCAGUUUUCAAUAUUAGCAGGAGAGGCAUACCUUAUAAAUAGAGAAACAACGGGAUAUCUUAACAAGGAAGCUAACAAGGUAGGGGACGAAAAUAACGACGUUGAUGGAUCGAAGCAGAGAAGGUUUAUCUCUGAAGAUGGAAAUAAAUUGCAGCAGGAAAAAAAGGCGAGAGAAGCGGUUGAUGAAGAAAUUGAAGAAUUGUUGAAUAUCUUUAAAGUUGCGAACACAUUUAAUUCAGACGGAAUUAAUGAUCAUUCGAACAGGGAAAACAAAAAGGGUUGGUGGUUUUGUCCAUGGUGCGGUGGUACCAAACGUGUCAUCGAAGCAGCAGAAGUGCUAGGCUGUAAGUGUAAAACUGAUAGGAAAAUCAUAUGCAAAUGUCCAGAUGGGAAAGUUCGAACAUUCGAGGGAUAUCAUCAAACUGAAAUAUCAGAUGACAAUUCAUAAUAUAGAUUGAUUUCAAGACUAUUACAUGAUUUACAUAGACAAUAUCAAAUCAAGCUAGCAGACUUUUUAGGAGUUAGAUUUUGCAUGUGUGUCUUUUUUCUAAAGUUUUGCAAUGUAACAGUCAAGUAAUCAUAUUCAUUAAUAAAAAAUAGUUCAAACUUUCAGUGAGUAUGAUACAUAAAUAAAGAUUUCAUACAAUUUGUGUAGUAAUUUUCCGAUGAUAACAUUAAUUUCUGAUUUUAAGAGGGUCACUAUAAUUUACUGCUGAUGGAUAACUGAAACGUUUUUUACUGAAAUUUAUUUUGUUUCUUGAAUAAAGACGAACAAUCGUAUAUCCAUUUGAUUUAUGCAUUGGUAGUACUAACAACUAGUAUAGUAAUAAUCGAAAAAUAAUAACGGCAGUAUGUGUUAUUGGUACUGAUGUUAUUUUUUUCAUAUGCAGUAACAAUUUCUACUGCUAGUAUCUAAAGCCACUUUAACGGACCAAUAUUUGAAGUAUAUCCCCUUUGCAUAUAUUAUCUUUAAUACAUGGCUCUUUAUAUUACUUAGUGUAUCUCUUUAGGGGGCGUCAUUACGCUAGAAGAUUUUUUUUGAUCGAAGUCCAGUUUAGUUUCAUUAUUUUGUUAAAACUUUGACCGAUGAUUACCUAUUUCAUUUAAAUACAUGUGGGGACAGUAAUGUUGGCAGUUCAAUGUUGCAUGUCAGAUCCAGGCCUUUUGAAUUACUAACGGACAGUUAUUUCUAGGAUGUACCCAUGUACAGUAGUUUAAACAAUUUAGUUUGAAGGGAUCGGGUGUUUCAGUUAAAAACUUCAUGUCAUUACUCAAGAAUAUCACAUAAGAUUUAAUUAAUCAAUUGUAUUAUAGGUGUGUGUAUGCGUGCAUGCGUCUAGGUGUGUGUGUUUUAAUAUGAAAGUUGGCUUGUUGAAUAUUCAUGUAUUUUUCAAGAAAUACGUCAAAGAUUUUUUUUUUAUUUUUAAUUUAGCAAUGUACACGUACACCAGUAAAUCAGGCUGUCUAUAUUAUAUAAUCAACUUUCUUGAGAUUGGUAUGUCGGCUUUUCCUAGAAAUUCAGAUUUUCAGACUGAUAUCCUCAUCCACUAUAGAAAAAGUAAGAAAGAAUAGUGUUAGCUUUUGUAUCAAAAAGUUAAGUUUCAUUUACUACAUCCCCUAGAAUAAAAAUUGUUCGCUU